GCCGGUAGCGGCGGGGAUGGCGGCGGGGGAGCUGCGGGAGCUGCGGGCGCUGGUGGAGCUGGCGGGCGGGCGGCGGGCAGUGCUGCUGGUGGCCGAGGUGGUGGAGGGAGCCCCGGUGGCGACUACGUUGGCCGCCUUCGCCCGCGACCUCCUGGGCGACGAGACGCCGCCGGGUGCGGCGGCGGGGCCCGGGUCAGGGUGCGGGUCCCGGCGGCGGGCCAGCAGCGGGCGGCGGGCGCUGGCAGCGCGGCUGGUGCUGGUGCUGUGCGGCGGGGGCGCGGCGCGGGACCGCGGGGCCCGGGCCCGCCUGCGGGAGGUGGUGCGGGACGUGCGCGGCCGCCUGCCCCGCGCACCGCCGCCCGCCGCGGUGGGCGUCCUGCUGCCCGGCGGGGACGCGGGGGACGCGGCGGUGCUGGACGCCGCGCUGCGCCGGCACUUCCCGGCGCCCGGCACGGUGCAGGCGGCCCGGUACAGCCCCGGCAGCCCCGCCGCCCUGCAGCGCUGCCGCGCCGCCGCCAGCCGAGCCCUGCGGGCAGCCCUGCAGCACCCCCCAGAAGAUGGGAAAGACAGGGAGAGGUGGAGGCUCCCAUCCUUCCUGAGGUGCAUUUCUUGGAGCCAGAGUAGCUGGAGAAAAGGUCAUGAAGCAAAAGCUGCAAACAAUGUUAAUGAAGAUGACCUGCAGGACCCUGAGGAAGAAGUGGCUCUGACCAGCCUGUCUCCCAAUGGAAACUGUGAAGUGGCUGCUGGAGACAUGGGCACCUAGAGCUGCUGGGCACCCAGCACAGUCUAUGUCCUGGCUCUGCCCCGUGGAUUUGGAGAGGUGGGAGGAGGAGCUGGUGUGUGCCCACUCACCCUCUGCUCUGAGGACCCGCCUCUCUGGGGAGAAGCUGCUCACCUUAACUCACCAGGGUCUUCUGUAGCUUCCAAGAACCCCUUUGGGGAUGUAUCUCACAUCCUGGGUGAGGAAUUUGGGUGUGAAAUACAGCCACCUGCUUGGAGAAAGAGGAACACUUUCUAAUUCUGACCAAAGGUCCCUGCCGAGAUGGCUGAGGUUGGCCUUCCUGACAAAGACAUUCUGUGCCUUGUGCCUUGUUUUCCUGCUUUGCUGCUGCUGUGAAGUUCCCACCCUCGUUCUGAUCAGGCAAAAAGAAAAAAAAAAAAAGAGGCCAAUAACAUGGUGGCCUGGAGACUGCAGUGGGACUGAAUAUGAGGUCUUGGAUCUACCAGCUACUGAAAAGGCUUUAAUGUAACUGUGUAACAUGAAGAAAUGCAGCAACAGCCCAGAAGGGUAGCAAUAAUAAUGCAAAAGAGACUGAUAGUAAUGGCAGGUGGAGCAGGAUCCUCUGGCUUGUGCUGGUGCUCACAAACUGACUGAUGGACUGCCUGGGCUAGAGAGGGUGGCAGAUGGUAUUACAGGCUGAUGCUAAGGUGGGGUUAUGGGAAAGGCUGAUCUCACCUGGGAUAUCUCCACAGUCAUGUGGUGGCAGGUCUCGGAGGUGGCCUGCAGCACAACAAGAUGUGGCAGCUUCAUAAAGACAUCUAAAAAUAUUAAAAUAAUCUAUUUAAGUAGUUCCAAAGGGCUGCCUGUAGCCUGUGGGGCGACGCGCUUCAUUACAAAUCCUUAGUUUACAGGGAAUAUUAUGGUAGGAACACCUUUUUUAUUUUUACUUUAAUGCAACAAAAAGCAGGUCUGGUUUUAUUUUUAGGACAAGCUGGAUUUUGUUUGGGACUGGCUGUCCUUUUUGGGGUUUGAGGCCAGAAAACUCAGCCCAUGAUAUCGUGUCUACCUCUUCUCUGGGUUAGCUGCUGAGCUGUGGCAGCACAUCCUCUGUGCGUGUCUGUCCUUUCUGUCACACAGAUGAAGUGUCUGCAGUCCUGCUGGCUCUGGCCAGAAUUGUCUCUCAGCAAUGUGCCUUCAGCAUUUCUCUAGCUCUUACCUGGAGCAGGUGAUGGUUUGUUUUUUUUUAUCAAGCUCUGCUCAUGAUCAUCAACAUUUUUCAACAAACUAUUUUUCUGUGCCUCAGCUUCCCCAACAGUAGGAUGUGGAGAGCAGCACCUACCUGUCUUGCUGGAGUAACGAGGGUAACCCUAGAGCAGAGCUCAGCAGCUCUUGGUUUUGGAGUGGGUCCUUUUUGGCUGGCAGAGCCCCUGACUGCGUAUGGGACAUGCUGGUGUGCUCAAGUAGGAGAGAUGGGGAGCGUUUCCAGGUGUGCUCAGCAAGUCUCUGUGUUACCACACUGCUUGUUUGAAUGAGUUGGGACAGUCAGGCUUGGUCUGUGCAGGAAAGCUCUGCCUGGAACGCAGCCGCAAGGUGCUGUUGCUGCUCCACAGGAAGGCAGGACGGAGGGGGCAGGUGGGUCCCUCUGAGCUUGGGGAAGCACACGUCCCAUCUCUUCUCAGCAGAAACACUUCCCUGUGGGAGUGUGGGCUGGGCAGAGAAAACCUCGGAGGCAGGUGACACUGGCAGAGGGUGCUGCUCUGCAGAGAGGGCAGCCAGCCCCUCCUUCCAGCCGGCAGGUUCCCCGUAGGGCUUCUUUGCUUAUGCCUAGGUGGAAAAUGCCAAUGGAACCAAGCGACUCAGCAAAGUCACCUGCAGUGGAUGGCUGUAUUUGUGACCCUGGGCUUCGGCCCUGAGCAGCAAGUGCACCUUAGCAGGACGAAGGUGUCCUCCUGCUCUGUCCCUGGCAAGAGUAUGUAGGUCUGCUGUGCCUGGAGUCCCUCUGAUGGCCUCCCAGCAGAGCCCAGCUCCCUGGGCAGUUAUGUACUUUCCCAACAAAGCCCUUGGUUAGGAGAGUCCUGUGGGACUUGACAGGUGAAUCUUUAUUUUCUUGCUGCUUGCCCUUUGCUGUCUAUGAUUUAUCAGUGAAGAGGUGGCCCAAGUGAACAGAUUCUCAGUUAUCUUAGCACUAUAAAUCAAAUGGAUUUAUUUACUGGUAAUUUUAAAGUAAAUUAUGCAAGUUUACCCUUGCAGUGAGACUUUUGUGGAAGCAGAUGAACUGCCUGGGGUUUAGGAGGUGUGAGUGGGAAUGCAUUUGACAAAAAAGGUACUGUUUUUCUUUGACUGAAGAGUAAAAAAUGACUUCCCCCCUCCCUUCACUCUUUGGACAUGCAGAGGUGCAGGAGAUAGUUCUACAUGUUUAAUUGACUUAAGAAUUUAAGGGCUCUGUUCUCUCACAUGCUUGCUGUAAAGAAUAAAGAUGUUUAAUUUCUGAA